AUGAUCUCAAAACUCCAUAUUGAAGACGAUAUUGCCGCAGCUUUAAAUGCUAUCGUGAAUGGUGUUUCGAUGCGAAAAGCUGCUUUGGAUUAUGGGAUUCCUCGCACUACACUUUAUAAUCGUAUCAAUGGCCGUGUCUCCCAUCAAAAAAGUCAUCAGACUAUGCAAAAGAUUGCCCCGAUUCAGGAGAAACGUUUAGUGGAAUGGAUAUUAGUACAGAAGAGCUUGGGUACUAGUCCUACCCAUCGGCAAAUUCGAGAAAUUGGGGAACGUCUCCUCGAUAUAAAGAACUCGAUUCUACCCUUGGAAAGCGAUGGGAUCGACUCUGCCCGAGUUUCGGGUGCCUCACAUGAUAUUAUCGCACCAUGGUUUCAAAAACUCGAAUUACCAGAGAUUAUCGAUGUAAAACCUGAAAAUCGAUACAAUAUAGACGAGGCUGGUAUAAUGGAGGGUCAGGAUCUCAAUGGCCUAGUAAGUUUGGACAUCUUUUAUCGAGUGUAUUUCAGCGACAGGGCGAGCACUCACGCCACUCGUCAUUUUAAGGGAAAACAUAUUCAACAACAAUGGUUUCCCACUGAUCUUGCUCUUUAUCAGGAUUGGAACUUUAUUGCUACUGAUAAUGGGUGGACUACGGAUGCAACGGGGCUAGAAUGGUUGGAAAAGGUCUUUAUACCUCAAACUACCCCCUCUGAGGCCGGCGAUGCACGAUUACUUAUAUUGAAUGGUUAUGGAAGUCAUGAAACUAUGCCCUUCAUGUACAGAUGCUUCGAAAACAACAUAUAUCUUCUAUUCCUACCACCACAUAUCUCACACGCCCUACAACCAUUAGAUUUAUCAGUCUUCUCACCUCUGAAAAAUGCAUAUCGACAUGCACUCAAUAAUUUGAAUUCUCUCUCUGAUUCUACACCAAUUGGAAAGCGUAGCUUCCUACAUUGCUACCAGAAGGCUAGAAUGGAAGCUCUAAUAGUUCAUAAUAUUAAAGCUGGAUGGAAAGCAUCGGGUCUAUGGCCCAAAAACCGUGCUAAACCCCUUAUGAGUCGAUUAUUGCUCGAGAACAGUAACCAAGAGGUUCUAGCACCUAACCCAGCUUCUGAUGAUGAUCCCCAGCUUCAAUGGAACAUAGGGGCAUCAGCUAUUAUAUGGAAAACCCCUCAAAAAGCAUCUGACCUUCGAUUGUAUGCGUCGACUAUGACCCAAGAAAAAGAGCCUGAUUUGCCAACAAGACGCUUGCUUUUUCGUAAGAUUAUCAAAGCUUUUGAUAUCAAGAAUUAUAAUCUUAUGGAAUCGGGGAAGCGUAUAAAGCAAUUGGAGUAUCAAUUGGAUGCUGUCGUACCUAAGAAAAGACGUAAGGUUGUUACUAGUCCAAAUACCAGGUUUUCAGGGAUUAGAGCUAUUAGGGAGGCACAAAUCGUGGCUGGAGACCGUGGAAUUAAUGCAGAAGAUAGCGAUGAUACAAUUGAAAGUGGUGGUACAGGUGAUUUUAUUGAAUUCCACCCAGCAUCCAGCAAUCCACAUCCCCAAAAAUGUGCAAAUACACCUGCCACCACUCCCACGCCCACUCCCACAAAAACAAAGACGACUCAAAAAAAGCCGCCAUGCCAAUGGAUACAAAUCGCCCAGAUCUUCUGGAACGCCGGUCUCCUCAAUUGUCCAAUCUUCAUCUCCAAUGCUCUAAGAAUCCCAGGACCGAAUGUUAUAAGGGUGUGGUUUGGCCCGCCGGAUUUGAUACCGGAGCCAAGGAAGAGGGGAGUGGAGGAGAAGAAGAAGAAGAAAGAGGUUGAGAGGAGGGGUGGUGUUGAGAUUUGUGGUGUAAUGUGA